AUGAACGGGAAUUCGUGGGCCGCUGGUCCUGCCAUGCCUACCGGCCCUCGUGAUCAGGGUCGCUACGAUCGCGAACCCAUGCGCGAGCGCGACAGCUAUCAACCGGACCGCCGAGAUCGCGACCGUGACCGGGACCGAGACCGCGAUCGUGAAUCCGGUUUCGGUGGAGAGCGCGCGAGUAUGGCAUUCGCGCCUUCCAACGAGCUCCAAUUCGCAAAUCCGAACGACGCUGUGCUUGCCUUCAACAAGUUGCUCAAGCAGCUCAAGGUCCAACCUGACUGGGAGUGGACGCGUGCUGUUCGCGUCGGUAUCAAGGAUCCCAAUUGGCGCGCAAUUCCCGAUCCAGAAAAGCGUGAGGAGGCCUUUCGGAAGUAUUGCGAGGAUCUCCGCGCCGAGGAGAAGAACAAGGAACAGGAUCGCCAGCAGAAGCUGCGUUCCGACUUCAUGGCAAUGCUGCGCUCCCACCCGGAAAUCAAGCACUAUACGCGGUGGAGGACUGCACGUCCCAUCUUGGAAGACGAGACGAUCUUCCGGUCUGCCAAGGACGACAAUGAGCGUCGGCGACUAUUCGAGGAAUACAUUGUCACUCUCACGAAAGCCAACGCGGAGCAGGAGAAGGAAGACAAGAGGACUGCUUUGGACGGCCUGAUGGGGCUGAUGCAAACUCUUGACCUAGAACCCUUCACUCGCUGGCAUGCGGCCGAGGAACAGCUCAAGGAAAACAAGGCGUUCAACAGUGACAAGUUCCAGCCACUCCAUCGCUCAGACAUGCUCAACACUUUCGAGAAACAUAUCAGGCAGCUCCAGCGGGAUCACAACGAUCGAGUCCAAGCCGAAAGGCGCGAAAAACAGCGCAUCGAGCGGAAGAAUCGAGACGGCUUCAAGCAGCUCUUGCAGGAGCUUCAAACGGAUGGCAAACUCAGGGCGGGCACGAAGUGGAAAGACAUCCAUCCCCUGAUUCAAGAAGACCCUCGAUAUAUCGCGAUUCUAGGGCAAGGUGGAUCACCACCACUUGAUUUGUUUUGGGAUGCCUUGGAGGUCGAGGACCAAAAGUUCCGUACCCUACGCCGCUUCGCUUUGGCUGUGCAAGAGGUAAGUCUUCUCCAGUUCCUAUAA